AUGACCACUUCUACCAUCCUUCCACACUUCACUGUGCCACCUAACACUGCACAACAACUCUCUACAGACAGUGACGAGUCCAGCGAGGAUGACCAAAGUGCACCUCAGUCAAAUCCUCAUCAUCUGCUCAAUAUGAAUAACAGCAAUAACAGUGAAGAGCAAAAGGAGAAGGAGAAGAAGGAACAGGAAGAAAAGGAGGCCAAGGAAAAAGAGGAGAAGGAAAAAGAAGAGAAGGAGAAAGAGAAGGAAAAAGAAAAAGAAAAAGAGAAAGAGAAGGAGAAACAAAAAGAAAAGGAGAAGGAGAAGCCCAAAGAAUUAUUUGUCAUUAAUCCUGCUGGGAAUUUGUAUUACAACUGGCUGUUCAUCAUCACGCUACCAGUCAUGUACAACUGGACCAUGAUCAUAGCCAGGGCUUGCUUUGAGGAGAUGCAGCACAACUACCUCGUUUACUGGGUGAUCCUGGACUACACCUCAGAUGUCAUCUACCUGGCUGAUAUGUUUGUCAGGACCAGAACAGGUUACCUUGAGCAAGGCCUGAUGGUGAAAGAUAAGCAGCUGCUACUUGAUCGCUACCUUAGCAGCUUCCAGGCUCGUCUCGAUUUUGUCUCCAUGCUGCCCACCGACCUUCUCUAUUUCUACUUUGGACUCGACUACCCAGAGAUCCGCAUCAACAAGCUGCUGAGAAUCGGCCGCAUGAUGGAGUUCUUCACGAAGACAGAGACUAAAACCAACUACCCCAACCUCUUCCGAAUUGGAAACCUGAUCAUGUACAUCCUCAUUAUCAUCCACUGGAAUGCUUGCUUCUACUUCUCCUUCUCUAAAUCCAUUGGUUUUGGUGCUGAUGAUUGGGUUUACCCGUCCCUGACUGAUCCUGAUGAGCCUGCGUUUGGGGAGUUUGGCAGGAAAUAUUCGUUCAGUCUCUACUGGUCCACGCUGACCCUGACUACCAUUGGAGAAACUCCACCACCAGCCCUUGACUCAGAAUUUUUCUUCCACGUGAUGGACUUUUUAGUGGGAGUCUUGAUUUUUGCAACCAUUGUAGGAAACAUCGCCACCAUGAUUUCCAAUAUGAACGCUGCCCAAGCUCAGUUUCAAUCCCGGAUUGACAACAUCAAGCAGUACAUGCAGGUCCGAAAGGUCAGCAAGGAUCUCGAGUUGCGAGUCAUCAAGUGGUUCGACUAUCUGUGGAAUAACGGCAAGGCACAGGAUGAAAGAGAGGUGCUGAGGUAUCUUCCAGACAAGCUAAAGGCUGAGAUCGCCAUCCAGGUCCACAUGGACACGCUCAGGAAAGUUCGAAUUUUUGCAGACUGCGAGGCAGGACUGCUGAUCGAGCUGGUGCUUAAGCUGCGGCCACAGGUGUUCAGUCCUGGAGACUAUAUCUGCAAAAAGGGGGAUAUUGGCCGUGAGAUGUACAUCAUCAAAGAUGGAAAGCUUGCUGUCGUAGCUGAUGACGGUGUCACACAGUUUGUUGUGUUGGGCAGCGGCAGCUAUUUUGGAGAGAUCAGUAUCCUUAGUAUUAAAGGCAGCAAAGCAGGUAACCGGCGAACAGCCAACAUCCGCAGCAUUGGAUACUCAGACCUUUUCUGUCUGUCCAAAGAUGACCUGAUGGAGUCACUACAAGAGUAUCCAGAUGCAAAAACCAUGCUGGAGGACAAAGGGAGGGAGAUCCUGAUGAAAGAUGGUCUGAUAGAUUUGGACCCAGCUAACAUCAAGCCUGAGGUCAAGGAGCUGGAGGAAAAGGUCAACAAAUUGUACAGCUCAAUGGAACUGAUGCAACUGAAGCUGAAGAGAAUUUUGGGAAAUUACAAGACCACUGACAAGGCUCUGAGACAUCGCAUCGCAGAUCUGGAAAUUCUAACGGGAGAGGAGGUGGAAGACGAGGAUGAGGAGGAAGAGGAGGUCAAAAAGGAAGAGAAAGAGGUGGAAGGGGAGAAAAAGGAAGACGAGGGAAAAGGAGAUGAGAAGAAGGAAGGGGAAGGAGAGGGAACAGCUGAGGAAGCAAAAGAUGAAGAAGGAAAGGGUGAAGAGGUAAAAGAAGAGGAGAAGAAAUAA